AUCGCUUGUCAGCUCUAGUUGCUGACCACUGCUGGCUCGAACUGUGGAGACAUUAUUGAAUUUUUCUAUGCUUAAACUUAACGCCAGUUAAGGAUACCUAUUCGUUCAAUCCGUAUUAAUAUGUCAACUACGUCUAAAAUAGUAUUUGGAUUAUCUUGUUUCACAUCGGUGGGUAUCAUUGGGUUUGUUCACUACCAACAACAAGACGAUUUGAAUAAGUUGCACGAAGGUGUUGUAAAAGAYAUUGAACGACAAGAAAAUAAACGCCGGGAGUUAGAAAUUAACUCCGAUAUUUUAGUGGCCAACAAUCUCCAGAAUGGGGAAAAAAUCGCAUAAAAAGGAACACAAAAAAUCGACUCACAAAAAAAAAAAA